CGCCUGUGUGAGUACAUUGCGCCAGUAUGGGCACAACAGCUUGGAAAUAUACCUAAACAAAGAAUUCAGCCGAACCAAACGUUACUUCAGCUUCCAUUUUAGUCAUGUGACGUCCCCGGAUUCCGGGAUGAAAGCUGAUCACUGAUUGGACAACGCUCUUUUCAGUCUUGGCUCCCUGGAGUGAGGACGAGAACCAGUCAAUAGCCAUUCAAAUUAGCCGAAACAGACAAUGAUAAAGAAAUAAAUCACGUGACUGGAAUUUGACACAAUGGCGAAACCGGCGAGAACGUUUCGGAUACAACAAUAAAUAAGACAUUACAGGAUACACAGACCUGCUAGUGAUUAAACAUUGAGCUAGCAAACGUACCAACUCCAAUCCACGAAUGGCUUCUCCCGGGAAUCCCAAAUGAUUUCCACGUUUCCAUUAAGAGGGACGACAUGACUGGCAGCACCCUCUUGGGCAGCAAGGUUCGCAAGUUGGAGUUUCAGAUGGCAGACUGUCUGGCUCAGGGGAGCAAGCACGUUGUAACGUACGGCAGCCUGCAUUCCAACCAUUGUCGUGUUGUUGCCACGUGCGCACGGGAACUUGGACUUCAACCUCAUCUAUUUUUUCGCACAGAUGUUGAGGACCCAUACACGAUAGGUUGCGAGGGUAAUUUACUCAUUGACAGACUGUGUUCCGCCAAGUUCUACCUUGCCCCAAAGAAGUCACCGUAUCUGACAUGUCUGAAACCGCGCAUGGACAAACUUGCGAAACACAUAAGUUCGGAGACCGGCGAACGGUGUUAUAUAAUCCCGUUGAUCAGUGCUAAUAUCAUUGACUUCUGGGGUUAUAUUCACUUGUUCGAUGAGCUUGUGAUGCAGGGGGCCCUCGAACAGUUUGAUGACGUCAUAGUUGCGAUCGCAAGUGGAAUGACUGCUUUUGGGCUCGCCAUUGGCAACUUCUUAACUGGCUCCAAACUUAGGAUCCACGGGAUGUCAAUGUGUGAUGACACCUACCAUUUCCACUACCCGAACUGCCAGAAAAUACUGGACACACUGGGACUGAACGUGCGUGCCGAAGAUAUUCUUGACAUCAUUGACGGACACAAGGGGCGGGGCUACGAUAUCUCUACACAGGAGGAACUCGACUAUAUUGUGUCGGUAGCAAGCAGUACGGGAAUUAUGCUAGAUCCGGUGUACACGGGGAAAGCGGCAAUAGGACUGCAACGGGAACUGAAUAACAACCAAGACAUGUUCAAAGGAAACAGAAUACUUUUUUUACACACUGGUGGUGUGUUCGGACUCUACGAUGGCAGAAUGAACGAUACCUUAAAAGGAAAACGAAGCUCGACUGAUCAAAUAUUUGGGUGGAAAAACUUGGAGGAUUUCCCCUCACAAAGUUAAUUUCGUCUGUCUCUUUUGU